CAAUAUGAGCAUCAGACAAUUAGUAAUACUAUUAAAAAGAAACAAAACGUUUUGAGAAAAGAAAAAAAUAUCAAAAAUCUCUCAUCUGAUGGAACUCAAAAUCUCACCUCCCAAGAAUAUUGCUAGCAAAAAAGUCUGCUACAAUGAAUCAAGUGGAGAAGAAAAAUGUUCAAUUGAACUUGGGCUAAAUCUUGAGGUUGGGUACUCAAAAUUUAGUACAAAUGGAUAUGGAUUUACAUUUCUACAAAAGCAAGAAUUAGAGCAACAAUUUUUCAUCUACAAGUAUAUAGAAGCAGGGCUACCUGUUCCCUCACAUCUAAUUAUUCCUAUAUGCAAGUCUUUUACUUAUUGCUUAAAAGGUAUUCAUGAUGGUAACUAUCCACAUUACACCAAUUUGAUGGGGUAUGGCCACUUGUUUUGGGAACUUAAAAGGAGCAUGGAACCAGAACAAAGAAGAUGUAGGAGGACUGAUGGCAAGAAAUGGAGAUGUAGCAAAGGUGUUGUCCAAAAUCAGAAAUAUUGUGAGAAGCAUAUGCACAGAGGCCGCCAGCGUUCAAGAAAGUGUGUGGAAUUAACAACUUCAUCAAACUUGCAAUUGUCUAGUAAUUCUACAAUUAAAAAUUAAAAGGAGCAGCACAAGCUCAUCAGAUCUAUGUUGUUCGAAUUCUUCAAAAAUAUUGUCACACUUGUGUCUGAUUCUCCAAAAAUGUGCUACUUUUAAAGU